CACUCUCAUUCUCUCCCAAAUUAAAUUUCUCACACACAGCACAGCACAGCAAUAAUAUUACAUCACAUUUCCCCCAAUUCCGUUCAAUUUCCGUCAUGUCCCCGGCGGAGCCACCGUCCACCACCACCACCGCCGCCUCACCGCUCGAUAAACCGCUCCACCAGCUCACCGAAGACGACAUUUCGCAGCUCACUCGCGAAGAUUGCCGCCGUUUCCUCAAGCAAAAAGGUUGUUCCGUAGGGAUGCGACGGCCGUCGUGGAACAAAUCUCAGGCGAUCCAGCAGGUUAUUAUGCUCAAAGCGCUGCUGGAACCGUCGCCGGACUCCGAUGACGGUGGCCGGAAACUCUACAUUGCGUCUCGGAACCAGAAAUCUCCGGCCGCUCCUGUCCAGAAAGGAACAAGUGCGGAAACGGAGAUCUCUGUUUCAGCGGAGGAAUCGGUACCAGGUCAUCGGAAUGAUACAGAGAAGUGUGAUGCUUUGGGGGAUAAUGAUUCUGCUCCUCCGCCUCCUACUCGGAUUAGUGGCGGGUCAGAAGAGACAAAAGGGCAAAUGACGAUAUUUUAUAGUGGGAAAGUGAAUGUAUAUGAUGAUGUCCCAGCUGAUAAGGCACAGGCACUAUUCCAGCUUGCUGCAAGCCCGCUCCAGUUUCCUUUAGAAUAUCCAUAUGACGGAAACAUGUUGCAAGCUCCAAGCAUCAAUGUGGGCCCCGUGGUUUCGCCAGUUUUGCAAACAGUGAGAGUGACAGACAACUAUCGAUUGCACAAAGAAGAAGGUAGCGUAUUGCGUGAAGAUAAUUCUGCCGAAGGUUCAGCAAGCAGAAAAGCAUCAGUUCAGAGAUAUCUUGAGAAGAAAAGGUGAAGGUUUAAGAGCAAGAGGAAAGCAGGAGCUACCUUUGAUGUUUACGCUAACCAUCAGAUCGGAAACCAUAACCUAAACGAGCAGUCCCCACCUCUUGUCAGACCACCAAACACCCCUAACCGCUUUAGCUAAAUUUAAGUCAUCUAUUCAAGUCUUCCAGUCUCUUUCCCAUCCUUGCUGACAAAAGGUAUGCCCGUUCCUUUGAAGAUGACGAAGGAUGUCAAAAACUUUAAGAAUACAUAUGGUAGGCCUCGGUUGCAGUUCCCUAGUUAAGUAGAGUGGUGUAUUCUUAGUUUGAUUGUUUUAGGAUGUUAGGCUUUCUGAGGUUGUUGCUUCCUUUUGUAGUCUUGUCUUGUACCUUUUGUUCAUCCGCAUUCGGCAAUAGUUUUGUAAAAUGGUUUACGGAAUUGUGAGUAAGAGAGUUCUCCGAAUGGUGCAACCGUUUGUCGGAAUAA